UUUGGGUUUGCUCACUUCCAGGCUUUUCAGUGUCACCUUCUGCUCUCUAGGUAUGAUGAAGGCAUCAUUUGCUCCUGGGUACACCGCGUUUCUUCCAAGAUUUCCACUGGUUAAGCACGCGCUUUCUAGCACCUACAUGGUUGACACUCAACACAUACUUCCAGUGUCCUGCAGCAUUCCAGCCGGCUGUUAUAAUAAUAGCUGUAAGUAAUACCCGCAGUAGUGAAAAGGGGGCGUGCCGGUGGCCCCAUUGGAUCAAACCAGAGUUUUUUCCCCUUUGCUUUGGCGCACGAGGGGGAGGAGAGAGGAUGAAUAUCAAAAAUAAACCGCGUACGCUGGAGAAGCCCAAGACUGUAUAAAUACCAGCGACGCGGACAUUCUUCUCUUAUACCGUGAGCCGGCUGUUUUAUGUACUCUGCGGGCAAAAUUAAAGAUUUUUAUUAAGUCAGAAUUAAUUUUAGUCUUUCUCCGGAUCAGGUUCAUCUUCAUCUUUGUUUUAAAACAGUAGUUUGACCGUGCGCCCAGUGCUUUUUAUUUCCUAACACACAAUUUGGGAUAUUUCCGAAUUCACGAUUAAAAUGGUAUCCACAAUUGUUUAUGUUUUCUUCUUAGUAAAUCUUAUGUCUCAGUUUGCUUUGUGUGAGCUGAACGAGGAAGAAGAGACUGUGUUAGUAAACCGUACAUUUAGGAAAGGUCUUUUUUGGAGAAGUGAAGAGAGACAGCAUUUUAAGCUCAGUGCGUUUGGCCACCUUUUCCUGCUUGACCUGUCUCCGGACAGCAAGUUCGUGUCUCCAGUUUUAAACGUCCAGCGCAUUAAAGCAAAGAAUCUCCGCUCUGUCCUGGACGCCUCCAGGAGCGGGGGUGCUCUCAGGGAUGCCACCCUUUACCCAGACAGCGGUGCGGACCUCAGAGACUGCUUCUACACCGGCACGGUAAACUCUGAAAAGGAAUCUGUAGUUGCUGUCAGCUUGUGCCACGGCAUCCACGGCACCUUCAUAACACAAGGGGUCGAGUACUUUAUUCACCCUAAAGCAAGUGUCCAGACCACCGGGAAACAUUUUCCGCAGGUGCACGUCAUCAAGAGGAGAGCUGUUUCCAACAGUCGCACAGCGUCUUUGGUCUUUGAUCAAAUGAAAGUUGACAGUCUUGUGAAAGAGAGCAAACUGAACUCCAGUGAAGAUGAAGACAGCAACAUGAGACGCGCAAAAAGAUUCGUGUCCGCUGCGAGAUACAUCGAGACACUGGUAGUGGCCGACGCGUCCAUGACACGGUUCUAUGGGGAUGAGAUAAAGCACUAUCUCCUAACGGUCAUGGCCAUGGCAGCACAAGUCUUUGUGCAUCCUAGCCUGAAAAAUGCUGUUAGUCUGGUAGUAGUGAAGAUGGUUGUUGUGGAGGAUGAGGAAGUGGGACCUGAGCUUUCAAGUAACGGCGGCGUUGCCCUGCGUAACUUUUGCAUGUGGCAACAACUGUUCAACCCUGGCAGCCAGAGGCAUCCAGAACAUUAUGACACAGCCAUCUUGUUCACUAGAGAGGAUAUUUGUGGAUACAAGGAUUGUGACACUCUGGGUGUAGCUGAUGUUGGCACUAUGUGUGACCCCAAAAGAAGCUGCUCCGUUAUAGAGGACAACGGCCUUCAGGCAGCGUUCACUGUGUCACAUGAACUCGGCCAUGUACUCAGCAUGCCACAUGAUGAUUCGAAAAACUGCGAGAAAUGGUUCGGGCAUCUCUAUGGGCAUACAAUGGCUCCUUUCUUUGUCCAUCUCAACAAAACUCUUCCCUGGUCUCCAUGUAGCGCAUUAUACAUCACAGAGUUCUUCGACAAUGGCCACGGUGACUGUUUGCUGGAUCCUCCUGAAAUGACCAUCCCUUUAGCUGCUGAGCUCCCUGGUCAUACAUUUGGUCUAGACCAGCAGUGCCAGCAGGCGUUUGGAAACAAAUACACCCACUGUUCCAAUGCCCCCGCAGAUCAGACUUGUGUACAGCUGUGGUGUCGAGAGGAAGGAAAGAUUCAGUGCACAACUCGGAAUGGAAGCCUUCACUGGGCUGAUGGCACUCCAUGUGGGGAAGACAGGCGAUGUCGUGAGGGUUUGUGUCUGUCGAGUGCAAUGGAAGAGGCGGGAGAGCAGAAGGUGCCCGUCAAUGGUGGAUGGGGAGAGUGGGGCCCUUGGGGGCCAUGUUCACGAACAUGUGGUGGGGGUGUGGAGUUUUCCCAUCGAGAGUGCACUUCUCCUGUACCACAGAAUGGAGGAUUGUACUGUGUGGGACAGAGGGUCAAAUACCAGUCCUGCAAUACUCAGACCUGCCCAGAAGACCAUGGAAAAAGCUUCAGAGAGGAGCAGUGUGAGAAGUAUAACAGUGACCGUUACAUGGACAUUAAAGGGAACAUAAAGCAGUGGAUCCCCAAAUAUUCUGGUGUCUCUCCACGAGACCGCUGCAAACUUGUCUGCCGAGCCAAAGGAAGCAAUGAAUUCAAAGUGUUUGAAGCCAAGGUUGUGGAUGGCACCACCUGUGGGCCAGAUACCACAUCCAUCUGUGUUCAGGGCCAGUGCAUCAAAGCCGGAUGUGACCAGGUGAUAGGUUCCAAUGAAAAGCUGGACAAGUGCAGUGUUUGUGGAGGUGAUGGUACAACCUGCAGGAAAAUAAGUGGUUCGCUAAACAAAGCUACUAUUGGCUACAUUGAUAUUGUUACCAUUCCAGCUGGGGCGACUAAUAUUGACAUAAAGCAACGCAGCCAUCGAGGCAUCCCACAUGAUGGCAACUACUUAGCAGUUAAAGCUCAAGACGGAACCUACAUCCUGAAUGGGAAUUUCUCAGUAUCAAUGGCAGAGCAGGACGUCCCAGUUCCCGGUGCUAUGCUUAGAUACAGUGGCUCCUCCACCACCCUGGAGCGACUUCUAAGCUUUCACAGACUUCAGGAACCCAUCACCAUCCAGCUGCUGUCUACUGCUGGUGACAUCUCGCCGCCUAGAAUCAAGUAUACAUUCUUUUUGCCAAGGGAUGUGCCUUUUAGCAAGCCUGGCACUGAAAGCAGAAUUUCAACACAUGUGAUUUCGCCUUUUGGGGGAUUUGAUUGGGUUCUGGGCGAGUGGUCCGAGUGCUCCAAGAGCUGUGGUGCUGGAUGGUCCAGGAGAAGCGUGGAAUGUAGAGAUGGAGAGGGCUCUCUGUCUUACCUCUGUGAUGCCGAUCUUCGACCGGCAGACAUCCGGCCUUGUGGAGAUUUGCCCUGUCCCAUGUGGCAAAUGGGGCCAUGGUCUGCAUGCUCACGGACUUGCGGACCCGGAGAGCGCCACCGCACUGUAGUCUGUUUAGACUAUGCUGGCAAGGUUCUAGAACCUCAGAAGUGCAAUCCAGACAAGAGGCCAGAGGUAGCUGUAGGAGACUGCUUUUACCAGGACUGCUGAAGCUGACUUAUGUAAUAGAAUGGAGGAGGUGGUGGGAUGCGUAUGUAGUGACUUGUCACCACCAAACUUCAAAACAAAAAGUGCUCUUAGAGAUAGAGCGUUAGAUCGGAGAUCACUUAUCAAGCAUAACCAGGGCAUUUUAUUUUAAAUAUUACCUAUGUAAUGGUCUAAUUCUCUGUCAAGUUUAAUUAUAACCACAAAGGUAACUUCCCACGGAGAUCUACCUCAGUCAAGACAAGCUUCAUAAAGUUAACAGUUGUUUAGAGAGGAGUCCUUUGGAACAAACCUGCUGAAAUUCUGUUCAAACAUCUCUCGCAUACCUCCGUUAUACAGUGCAGAUUAAUACACAUCUAAAUUGAGUCCAAAUGUUCAGUGAAAGGAAUAGCCAUGGCCUAAAGUUUAAAGAGAUGGUCACAAGUCCUAGCACAGGCAUACAUUGUAGGUGGGGGGAGUGAAUAACCAGCAAUCAGCCCCCAUCUGCUCCCUGGGGAACCCACAACUCUGGGCUGUAUGUUCACAGGUGUGUGUUGCUUCAGAUCAGGGGUCACCAAUCUCGGUCUUGAAGAGCCGGUGUCCCUGCAGGGUUUAGCUUCAACUUGCCUCAACUCACCUGCCUGUGUGUUUCAAGUAUACCUAGUAAGACCUUGAUUAGCUAGUUCAGAUGUGUUUGAUUAGGAUUGGAGCUAAAAUCUGCAGAACACCGGCCCUCCAGGAACAAAUUUGGUGAUCCCUGCAUUAGAUAAAAGCAUCUUCUUAAAGAUACAAUCUAUGCUAGAGCUACAGUCAGAGCAUCCACCUUCAUUAAAUUGUCCAUACCUGACUACAAUUUAGUGUCUUUAUACAUGCUAGACUAAUUGAAUUCCCAUUUAUUUUCAUUUUUUUAUAGCUUCGAGUUUAUUUUUUAUCAAUACCUACUACUUUACUUUAAUACCUGUAUUACUCUCAAAGGCUUUCCGAUUUUUCAUAUUACAACACUGGAAACAGUAUUUGGAGGUACAGUUCUUUACCUAUCUGUAAAAGAACUGUUGGAACGCAUACAUAUAUGCUCAAUUUACCUUAAAAGCUUGGUUACGAAUGAAUGAUUUUAGUUUGUAAUGAAGAAUUAAUGUGGAAUCGCCCUCUCUUACACACUGUUAGUCUUUUUGUAAUAUAAUUCAGCCAUUUGGCAACAAGCUAUCCCACACAGAGUGCAACAGUGUAAAGACUGCAAAUGUGCCUUAAAUUAAUUCCUUUUUUAUUAUUAGCAUCCACUGGUGCAUAUGACUUAUAAAGGGAUCAUAUAAUAUAACUGAUACUGGCAUGUGUGAGUUUACUUGAGGAAGUAAUUUAUUGUAAAUGAUCACGUAGAAGUGGAUAAUUACUGUAUGUUAUUGAACACACAUGUGCCCUCAAAAUAAUUGCAAUGACAUCUAAAGAGGAAAUACAUUUCCUGUGAAAAACAUUGAGAUUGCAUGCAUCUUUGCAAUCUGUAUUCUGUUCAUUUGUCUUUACUCUUCCGAGCUUUAGUUGGCACUAUUUUAAUACAUUUGAAAAUCGAUCAACCAUAAAAGAGGAGAAAAUAAAUAAAAAUCUAAAUGUUGUAAAUAAAUAUUAUUUUUCUAUUUAAUGAGACAAGUAUAGGUCAGGAGAUCAUUUAGAUGCAGUAGUGCUGAGCAGACAUGCCUGAUAUUUCUGAGAAGUUUUCCCUUUAGCGUAAAGAGCACUGAUAUUUGUUCAAUAAAGUGUCAUUUCACAUGUGGUGAAAUGAAAUGAAAUUUAAUACUUAGUUGCAAAAUUAUAAUUUUCAAAUUUGCAUAGUUGGAAAAUGUAACUAAAAUGACCUAUAAAAUGAUUAAAUAUAAGAGAAAAGAUUUUCAUUCCAAUUGAAUUAGAAGUAUGCAAGCUUUGAAAUGGUGCAUAUUUGAGACUAAAGCAUUCUAUCCCUUCAGUGAAGGUCUGCACAAUGCUAUUGUUAUAGCUUCCUUUUACAAGCUAUUUAUUUUUCUACCUUCGACACCUAAUGUUUUUUUUCUCUUGAUGCUGCUGUCUAUCUUAUACAUGAUUGAUGUAUGAAAUUAAAUCAAAUAAAUAUGUGUCUACAAUAAAA